CAUUGGAGUCAAACAAAAACUGAUCGAUCCCUUUGGGGAGAGAACAUGGCUGCAGACAUCCAUUUUCUGUUGUGCUUCGGACUCUGUGUUCUACUAACAGACUUUGGAAGGUCUGCAUUUGUUGGAAAGAGUCACAGUCGAGGAAAGGACGACCCUGUGCUGCAGUAUGUCGUCAAUAACUCACUGAGGGAGCAUCCCGUCCUCACUAAACUCAAACUGAGAACUCUUGAUGACCAGUGGAACAUCAUGAUGGUUUCCAGUGAACAAGCCCAGCUGAUGGCCAAUCUCAUGAAAAUGAUCAAUGCAACCAAAGCUAUUGAAAUCGGGAUGUAUACGGGGUACAAUGCACUCAGUAUGGCUUUGGCAAUGCCAGAGAAUGGACAUGUGGUAGCGUGUGAAAUAAAUGACGUCUAUGUGGAUAUUGCUAAACCCUUUUUUAAAGAGGCUGGAGUAGAGAACAAGAUCGACGUACGACUACAAAUGGCAAUGACAACUCUUUAUGAACUGAUUGCAGCUGGUGAGGCUGGGACCUUUGACUUUGUGUUCAUUGAUGCCGACAAAUCAAACUACGACGGAUACUAUGAAAAGUCCCUGGAGCUCAUACGUAAGGGGGGUGUCAUUGCUAUCGACAAUGUGCUGUGGAGUGGAAAGGUUGUGGAUCCUGCCCCCGAUGACAUCACCUCAAGGACGCUAGAUGCUCUCAACAAGAAGCUGCACAAGGAUCAGAGGAUCGAUCUGAGCAUGCUCACUGUGGGGGACGGAUUGACUAUUGCCAUUAAACGCUAA